AUGAACAACGUCGAUUUACUCCAAACCGAACCUGGUUGCAGUACAACAACAUGCUCCAGCUUUCGUGUCCGCGACUUAGCUCGACGCUUCGAACCAGCUUCAUCACAAUAUGAUAAGCCUCGCCCUGUGCCAACGAAAAGAAUUGGAAAAUUCCGAAUGAGUGAAAGUGCUCUAACAUAUAAAUCAAGUCAAGCACCAGUUCGUGUUGGAAUCGUACGGAAGAAGAGCUCACUAAAGCGACGUUCAUCCAGUACUCAAGAUCUGAAUUUAAUACGACGAGAUUGUUCAUUAAAGAAGAGUAACAGUUCCAAUUUUCCGCAAUCUACCGCGUGCGAGUCAUCAAACAACAAUUCGGUUAUUGAAAAGUCAUACGUUCGACCAUCACGAUUGUCGGUCGAAGUAGAGAAAAGGCCAACUCCUCUUCCUACACCGCGUUUGCGAGGAGUUAAACCACAGCCACCGGCCAAGCCGGCUCGUCUACUCUCAUCGCCACAACCAGCAUCUUCGUGUUCAACAACAAGCGAGCUAACACAGGAACUUCAAACCGUAUCAUCAGACGACAGACAGCCACCAGUGCAACCGGACAGUUCCGGUUCCGUGAAUAUUAUGUUGACGGUUCCCUCUAAGACAACAUCAUUGAACAGACCCAGAUGUCCUCCACCUGCUCCGCCGAAACCACCUUCACGUGAGCGCCUACAACGUAUUCCAAGCUAUCGAGCUCCAGGCACUGUCCAUCAGAUGGCAACAUCAACUCCAAAAGCUCGACCAUUGCCCAAGUUAUCGAAUUCAUCAGAUGACGAGAAUUAUCAGCAAAUGCCACAUAUUGUACCGACCAUACCACCAAAGAAGCCAGUUCGCUUUGAACAGCGUCGUCAAACGAAAGACAUCCCUCGCGUUCCUUCUAUUUCUCCUCCCAAGACGCCAAGUCACGAGUACAGCGACGAUUCUCAAUGUUAUGAAGAAAUUGGAACAGAAGAAUUUGCUAAGCAGAAUCAGCUUUUGAUGGAGCCAUCAACAUCGACAACGUCACGCUCUCUCUCAUCAUCUGGCUAUUCUGUAAAUACGGAUGCAAAUUCAUCAUCCAAUUACAAUUAUGUAACGAACAUUGUAUGUGAAGACAGUUCAAGCCCCAAAAAGUCUCGACGACCUGUAAGUACGAUCGAAUUUGACAAACUAAUCAAGUUCAAAAGUGACAUUCAACUGAAUUUAUCCAAAAAGAUGGACCAGUUGCGUCAGAAAGUGGGAGAUAGACGUCCAAGACACAGCAAUAAAUCUCGAUUACCUUCUGAAGACAAUGUCAUGACGUCUUCAGCACAUCAUGACCCAUCUUAUCAAACAACAGACGAUGAUCGCUACAUCUAUGGAGAUGAUUGGAGCAGCGAUGAAGACGAAGUUUUCGAUGAUCAGCGCUCUUCAAUGUAUAAAGAAAUAGAGGAACAUCUGAAUAAAACGUUUCCUAAUACAAUGAAUAACGAAGGUAUUUAUGCUACUGCUGAACCAUUGACAAGACCUGAUGAGCUACCCAUUGAGAAGAUGUCUUUAGAAGAUCAUCAUGAUGCACUGGACGAUUCAUCUCCUGAAUAUAGCUAUGGACAACAAUAUACAAGUCGCUUACCAAUUGAACCACCUCUCUAUCAGUUGUAUAUGCUGGGAGAACAGGAAAAGUUGGUUGAUGAUGCUAUAUUACCCGAACCAUCAGUAGUUGUGGAUCGAGCCACCAUUGAAGUUGGGGAAGCUCCCAUGAAGAGUCGUAGAGAAUCAUCCGUGUCAUCUGACAGUGGACGUGGAGCUGACUGCAGUACAUCUGCUUCAGCCUUAACUUCAAACACUUCUAUGAGAAGAGAGCGACUCGUCGCUGGAAGUCAUUUUGGCAGUCAAAGAAGCUUAUGGUGUGAAUUGGCUGAAGUCAAAUCGGCUGGUCUCCUGGAAACUUUGGAUGAAGACACAAAACUGCUCCAAGAAGCAUACUUCGAAGUAAUAACUUCGGAAGCCAGUUAUCUUCGUUCUCUUAACAUCCUCAUUACCCACUUUAUGGCCAGUCAAGAAAUGCUUGGUUCAAAGAGUCCAUCUUCAGUCAUUUCAAAUGCUGACAGGAAACAUCUCUUCAGUAACAUCUUCGCUGUUCGUGAUUGUAGUGAAAAACUGCUAUGUGAUUUGGAAACGAGACUCGAGGAAAAUUUAGUUCUCGAUGACAUUUGUGAUAUUUUAGUCGAACAUUUCGAAAAACAUUUCGAUGUGUAUAUUAAGUAUUGCUCGAAUCAGGUGUAUCAGGAUAGAACUUUACGUCGUCUCAAAACUGAAAAUCAUGGCUUCCUCACUUCUGUAUCUCGUUUAGAAGCUGAUCGUCAAUGCCAAGGUUUAGAUAUGAGAUCAUUCCUCAUGUUGCCGAUGCAAAGGAUAACAAGGUAUCCCUUGUUACUCUAUGCCAUCAUCGAUCGUGUCAAUACGGAAGCUGAUAGAUACAAAACUGUUUCGAAAGGCUUACUACUCGCUAAUAAGGUUGUUCGAGAAUGUAAUGAAGGUGCACGUCGUAUGGAACGCACUGAACAACUUCUAGAAGUCGAUAAACGACUCGUUUACAAAGACCCCGAUCUCAAACGAAUCCCUCUUGUAUCUAAUAGUCGUCAUUUGGUGAAGCGUGGUACGCUGACUCAAUUGGUUGAACGUCGAACGAAAGGCCUCCUACAAGGAAGGCAAAAAGCUCGAAGUAUUCACGUGUUUCUGUUUUCUGAUAUAAUAAUGAUAACCAAGAAAAAAAUAAAUGGAACUUAUGUUUGUAAAGACUAUGCCAGCAGGCCGUAUGUUGAUAUAGAACCUAUAGAGCCUGAUAAUCCAAGAAUACCUCCUGGCGUCAUUUCGUCAUUAGCUACCCGACCUCAUCUUUUCCUCUGCGUUCUAAUGAGGAAUGCACGAGGAAAACAAACUGAGCUUCUCCUCAAUGCUGAAUCAGAAACUGACCGGGAACGAUGGCUUUCUGCUAUAAGACCACCUACGUCAUCCAACCCCGAAGAGAAGGUGUAUCCAGAGUGGGAUUGCCCUCAAUGCAUCGUAGUUCAUCCAUAUGCCAAAUCUCAGGACGAUGAGUUGAAUCUUCAAGUCGGCGAUAUGAUCAAUAUUCUUCGCAAAAUGCCUGACGGAUGGUACUACGGAGAAAGAUGUCGAGACAACGUGGGAGGAUGGUUCCCCUCAUCAUAUAUUCAACAAGUACUCAAUGACCAUGUACGGGCAAACAACUAUAGACACAGACUCCGACUUAUACAGGCAGCGUCUGGCAUUACGAGGGGCAAUGUGGGGAGGGGAACGUCUCCGUUCAUGGAUCGACUAAGACGUAUGAGCAAUCCCCGUCAACUGUUUCAAGCUGGCAUAGGUUUAUAG